CUUUAAGCCUCCUCAGUGUGCUAUCUAUUUGAAGCUCUCUCAAUCAUUGGUGGCCUUUGUGUAGAAUCUAUCGCGAUCUUUGUGGACUAAAGCCAUGGCAGAACAACUGACCAAGGAACAGAUCAGCGAAUUCAAAGAGGCCUUCGAGUUGUUCGACAAGGACGGGAAUGGCUCCAUCGACUUGGAAGAACUGAGGACUGUGAUGACAAAGCUUGGACAGAACCCUACCAACUCGGAACUAAGGGAUAUGAUUAACGAAGUGGACACAGACGGAGACGGGACCAUAGAUUUCACCGAGUUCUUGACGAUGAUGACACAGCAGAUGAAACAGAUGCAUCAGGAGGAGGAGCUGCGAGAUUCCUUCAAACUCUUCGACAAGGAUGGCAACGGGUCUAUCAGCGCCGCGGAGCUGCGUCAGGUGAUGGCCAACCUGGGAGAGAAGCUGACAGAUGAAGAGGUGGAUGCGAUGAUCAGGGAGGCUGACGUGGAUGGAGAUGGAGAGGUGAACUUCGAAGAGUUUGUGAGGAUGAUGAGAGACAAGUAAAGCUGACUAAAGCAGUCCUGGAUCCGCCAUAGCC